AGCCUAGCUUCUCUCAAAAAGGCCAACCAACCCAUUUCACAAUUUCCCCACUGAACUCUCGUCUCUCUCUCUCUUUCUCACUACCUCUUCGAAAAGGGUCUUUGCCUUUUUGGGUCACCAUUUUUUCCCCAUCUUUAGCCAACCAGCAACAAAAACAUGAAGCAAAAGGUGGUCAUCAAGGUGUCUCUAAACGACCAGAAAUCCAGAACCAAAGCAAUCAAAACUGCAGUUGGUGUUGAUGGGGUAAUACAAGCAGCUCUUCAGCAGGAGAAGAAUCAAAUAGAGGUAACAGGGAAUGAUUUAGAUGUGGUAUUGCUCACCACUUUGCUGAGGAAAAGCCUGAAUUAUGCAGAGGUUUUGAGUGUUAGCGUUGUGGACGAUAAAAAGGAAGAGGAGAAGGAAGAGCAGAAUGACGAUCCAUCAAAGCUAGUUUGGACACCAUAUGCUGGUGGUGUGCCUUUUAAUGUUAUAUGUGAUCCAUACCACUACCCAUACGAGUACAAAUACCACCAAGACCCGUCUUGCUCCAUCAUGUAAAUUCUCUUAUAGAAAAAUAUGGAAGACGGAGUUAAAAUUCGAAUCGCUGUACGGAGAAAUCAUUUCAUACCACGUAGCUUCUUUAAAUGUGUGUGGUUUUCACAGUUUGCAUUAUUGGGUUCAAAAAGAGUGAUAAUAAAUUUUGAGUGGAAAACAAAAUUCUAUUUUGUUAUAUAUAAAGAUAAAUUACCACUUUUAGUUCAACCUUUCAACUGCGGUUUGAAAUUUUAUGGCUAAAUUACUGAAGUUAUGUACUUCAUCAUAAAUGGUAUCCAAAUUUAAGGAUUUUUCC